GAAAGUGGAGAGGCAGGCAGACUUGUUGCAACAGAUGGCUUCAGCUCGGCGGCGGCUGCACCAAGGAACUCUGGGACGGCGUUAGACAGAGGUAGAGAAAGAGGGAGGGGGUGCUAGAAAGUCAGAGCGCUGGAACAGCUUCCUCUUCCUCCUCUUCCUCCUCUUCCUCCUCUUCCUCCUUUUCCUCCUUCGUCUUCCUCUCCAGACAGACAGGAAGACAUGUCAGUGUGAGCACAAGUUUGGCAGCAGUUUUGUGGAGGUGAUCUGAGCCUUCAUCCUCCUCCUCCUCCUCCUCCUCCUCCUCCUCCUGCUCGGGGUCAGAGAGGAGAACACCUGCUGACAGCGAGGAGCUCCUGAGGGAGGAGACGCAGCAGCAGCAGCAGCAGCCGGCCGGACAGGCGGGUGGAGGACUCGGACACGACAGAAGACGGACUGACUGCAGUUCCUGCUGAGCUGAUCACUGUCCAGCCCUGCAGAGUGUGCACGAGAGGCUGAGACUUCACGGAGGAUAGCGGCUGAUUUUGUUUGACCUUUUGGGGAGGUCAGGGGUCGAAGGCCAUGGCGGGCCGACUCCUCCUCUUCCUGUUGAUCUCUGUGACGCUGUGCCACGCCCACUUCUCUUCUGGCCAGCGCCUGAAGCCCCGCCUCCAGAGAGACCGCCGCAACAUCCGACCGAACAUCAUCCUCAUCCUGACCGACGACCAGGACCAGGAGCUGGGCUCGAUGCAGGCGAUGAACAAGACUCGCCGCAUCAUGGAGGAGGGCGGGACUUCCUUCUCUAAUGCCUUUGUGACCACGCCCAUGUGCUGUCCGUCACGUUCGAGCAUGCUCACUGGGAAGUACGUUCACAACCACAACACCUACACCAACAACGAGAACUGUUCCUCGAUGUCAUGGCAACGGCAGCAUGAGCCGAGGACCUUCGGGGUGUACCUGAACAACACCGGAUACAGGACAGCCUUCUUCGGGAAGUAUCUGAAUGAAUAUAACGGCUCGUACGUCCCCGCCGGGUGGAGAGAGUGGCUCGGUUUGGUGAAGAACAGCCGGUUCUACAACUACACACUGAGCCGCAACGGAGUCCGAGAGAAACACGGAGCCCAGUACCCACAGGACUACCUGACCGACCUGAUCACGGCCGAGUCGAUCCGGUACUUCCGCUCCUCAAAGCGGGUCUAUCCUCACCGCCCGGUGCUGAUGGUUCUGAGCCACGCGGCACCGCACGGACCGGAAGACUCGGCACCGCAGUACAGCACCGCCUUCCCCAAUGCAUCACAACACAUCACUCCCAGUUACAACUACGCACCGAACCCAGACAAGCACUGGAUCAUGCGUUACACCGGCCCCAUGAAACCGAUCCACAUGGAGUUCACCAACGUCCUGCAGAGGAAACGACUGCAGACGCUUCUGUCUGUGGACGACAGCAUGGAGAAGCUUUAUAACAUGCUGGUGGAGACGGGCGAGUUGGAGAACACUUACAUCAUCUACACAUCUGACCACGGCUACCACAUCGGACAGUUCGGCCUAGUCAAAGGGAAAUCAAUGCCCUACGAGUUCGACAUCAGAGUCCCGUUCUUCAUCAGAGGCCCCAACGUGGAGCAAGGCAGCAUUAACCCCCACAUGGUCCUGAACAUCGAUCUGGCUCCGACCAUCCUGGACAUCGCCGGCCUCGACACACCGCCAGACAUGGACGGGAAGUCGAUACUGACUCUGCUGGAGACUGACAAACCUGCUAACAGGUUCCAGGUGAACAAGAAGCCCAAGGUGUGGAGAGACUCGUUUCUGGUGGAGAGAGGGAAGCUGCUGCACCAGCGUGUCGAGGGGAAGGAAGUGUCACAGGAGGAGAACUUCCUGCCCAAACACCAACGAGUGAAAGAUCUCUGUCAGAGAGCCGAGUACCAGACGCCCUGUCAGCAAACCGGACAGAAGUGGCAGUGCGUGGAGGACGCCGCAGGGAAACUUCGACUCUUCAAAUGUAAGAACGAAGGGGGAGGAGCUAAGAACGUCCAAAGGGGCGUGGCUGGACGUCAGCGUCCACUCAGCAUCAAGUCUCAGCUGUACAAUCAGAACUCCGACGGCUGUGACUGCGACCUCCGCGACCUCCGACCUCAGAACCUGCGACCCUCCAUGAUGAGGCCGUUCAACAAAAAGUCUUUCUUCUCCAAGAAGAAGUUCAAAGCCCUGAAGAGUUACUCCAGGAACCGCUACAGCCGCUCCAUAUCCAUGAGCAACAGUUACCCCGGUAACAGCAGCAUGACGGACAGCGCCAACUGGCCUCAGCCGACACGAGACGAGUCCGAGGACGAGUUCAGCGGCAUGGGAGGAGUUCCCAGCGGCGUGGCUCUGUCCAACUCCCUCAAAGUCACACACAGAUGUUCAAUUUUGUCGAACGCCACCGUGAAGUGUGACACAGGCGUUUAUCAGUCUCUGCAGGCCUGGAAGGACCACAAGCUCCACAUUGACCACGAGAUUGAGACGCUGCAGACGAAGAUUAAGAACCUGAGAGAGGUCAGAGGUCACCUGAAGAAGGCCCGCCCCCUCGAGUGUGACUGUAACAAAUACCUGUACAAGUCUAAACUGAAGAACAAGCUGAGGCUCAGAGGAGGCAACCUGCACCCCUUCAGGAAGGGCGGGGCUCGGGACAAGAAGGCGUGGCUUCUGAAGGAGCAGAAGAGGAGGAAGAAAAUGAGGAAGAUGAUCAAGCGAAUCAGAAACAACGACACGUGUUCGAUGCCCGGACUCACCUGCUUCACACACGACAACCAGCACUGGCACACGGCGCCCUACUGGACACUGGGUUCGUUCUGUGCCUGCACCAGCGCCAACAACAACACAUACUGGUGUCUGCGCACAAUCAACGAGACACACAACUUUUUGUUCUGUGAGUUUGCCACCGGCUUCCUGGAGUACUUCGACCUCAACACAGACCCUUACCAGCUGAUAAACGCUGUCAGCUCGUUAGAUCGGACAGUCCUCAAUCAGCUCCACGUUCAGCUGAUGGAGCUCAGAGGCUGCAGAGGACACAAGCAGUGUAAUCCUCGCACACGCUCCAUGGAUCAGGCAGGAGGGCGGGAACACAGCAGCUUCGACGACUACAGGCUGUUUGAGAGGAGGAAGUGGCCGAGAAUCAAGAAACCUUCAUCGUCUCGAACCCUAGGUCCGAUCUGGGACGGCUGGAAGGGCUGAGCCUCCUGAUUGGUUUGGCGUGGUCGUCGAGUUGUCAACGCCCCCACCACGCCCGACUCACCUGUCAGCCAAUCAGCUUCUGCCAUCUCUGUGACAUCCUUUAGGCCCACCCACCCUGCUGCUCAGGGAGACGCUGGGACGAAUCACUCAACGCACCUCUUCAUCAGCUGCUCCUCCUCAUCGUCAUCGUCUGAGGAGGCAGCGCUGCGUGGAGGAGGAGGAGGAGGAGGAGGAGGAAGGAGUUGUUUGCCCUGGGUUUAGUCUGUCAGGUGGAUGAAUAAAGCUUAGUGAUGUCCUGCUGUGGACAAGAGCAGCAACAAAACAGAUCAUAGACAUAAAGAAGGAGGCAAACCUAAAAAAACGACCUGAUAUGAGCGUCACAGAGGAGGAGCAGCAGCUCUCUUCUUCUACGAGUUAAAAUGUUUUUGUCCAUGCAGAUCGACAGAAACGCUUCAGUAAUACUCGAAACAGCUUUUACAGAGUCUGACACAUUUUUUAGGUUUGCCCAUUUUUAAUGUUGCUAAUCGUGUUUUUGCUGCUGCCACUGACAGCAGUGCAGUACUCAGCUUCAUGUUAGUCUCUUUAAAUAUUCAUUAUGAAUUCAGAAAUUUAAGAUGUAACCUGUUCUGAGCUUAACCAAUGAGAACCAUGGAGGAUAAACUGCAGCGUGACUCCGUUUGUCCACUGUGUAGAAAUAAAAAUAUAAAAUAUAUAAAUAUAAAACUGUCAUUCUAAUAAAAACAGAUUAAUAUGCACAAAUAAAAACAUAGUUCAGGUUAUAUUUUAUUUCUGCCAGUAGAUUAAAUGUUACACACUGGACCUUUAAAACCUGAACUGAAGAAGAACGUCUGAGAAUCUUCAGUGUUUAUAGAAGAAAACUCCUCCUCUUCCUCCUCCUCCUCUUCCUCCUCCUCCUGCUCCUCCUCUUCCUCCUCCUCCUCCUCUUCCUCCUCCUCUUCCUCCUCUUCCUCCUCCUCCUCCUCCUCCUCCUCAUCUUCAGGUGACCUCCCAGCGGCCGUCUUUGUUUUUGUAAUGUUCAUAUUUAGUCUUUCUAACAGUCCAUUCAGACGUUAAAGGACCUGUCCUCCCUGUUGUUGUUGUUACUAAACAGACUGAGACGGAAGUCGAACACUGUGACAUCACUGCUGAUGUCAUUUCUUUUCUUUUUUUACUUCUUCCACUAACUUGAGUGUUGGUUACCGUGGUGACCGGCGGCUUCACCGACGAAAGAGCUACAAGUUGUACUAACCUGGUGACUGACUACAGUACCCACGAUGCAACGCAGCAGCCCUGAAGAGACGACAAGAACAUUUUGUAAAAAGGAAAAAAGCCGUAUGGGAGCCAAUAAAAAAAGGACUACAUUGUGAUGUCACUUCUGGUUUUGUGUCACCACGUUUUGUAUUUUUUACUCGUGUUAACCAUCAAACAUCAUCGUCCAAUCACAGUUCACUUGUUUCCUCCUCUUGUUUACUUUUUGAGUUGGCGUCCAUCUUGUCCCUCGCCUGAACCCGACUCGUGGUCUGAAAUGUCCGGAGUUCUAAAUUACAUGUAACUUAUAAAAAUGUAAAAUAUAACUGUAGAAAAACUCGACUGGAUUCACACAAGACGUAAAAAUAAGAUUGACGAUUUCAAACGUGACUUUUGUUUUAAAUUUAAAUCUUUUUGCUGAUGACAUUUUUUUAAAACUUGAAUAUUGAGACAUCAGAAGUGUGUCAGUGUUAAAAUCACCUCUCAGACACUUUCACACUGUUCAAUCCAAAAUAUCCCGCCGCGUGUACACGUUAAAGCAGAUACACUGAUUGGCCGAGUGUACAGACCAAUGAGGUAACGGCUAACGUUACUGUGACAUAUUCAACUUGAGUCAGUCUCCAUAAGUCCCCAUGUCCAAAUGUCCAACUUCACAGCAGAAAUAAACAUGUUUACAGCCUGGUA